AUGAUUGGUGAUCUCAGGGUAUCAGAACUGCAUUGCUAUGCUAUGUUAACAUGCCCCCGGCUGGCGAGGCUGGCGCCGUCUGAGAGCCCGUCGCUUCCCGCCGCCAUGGACGACAUCGUCAUCCUGGACUGGAACUGCACGCACGUGGUGCGGGCCAAUGAGUCGCUGCUGGCGCAGCUGCGCGCGGGCAGCCUGCUGGAGGCAGAGGAGGACGCCAACAUCACCUUCGCCAUGGAGCCCCCCGAGCCGCCCUACCUCAACGUCUCCUGCGAGCUACCGGUGGCGUACGCGCAGCCGCUCUACGGGUACGUGAUGCCGGCGCUGCUGGUGGUGACGAUGCUGGCGAACACGCUGAUCGUGGUGGUGCUGAGCAAGCGGCACAUGCGCUCCCCCACCAACGCCGUGCUGAUGGCCAUGGCGCUGUGCGACAUGUUCACGCUGCUGGUGCCGGCGCCCUGGCUCUUCUACAUGUACACCUUCGGCAACCACUACCGGCCGCUGGCGCCCAUCGCCGCCUGCUACGCCUACAACGCCAUGAACGAGGUGCUGCCCGCGCUCUUCCACACCGCCUCCAUCUGGCUCACGCUCGCGCUCGCCGUGCAGAGGUACAUCUACGUGUGCCACGCGCCGGUGGCUCGCACGUGGUGCACCAUGCCGCGCGUGCUCAAGUGCGUCGGCUGGAUCUGCUUCGUGGCCACGCUGCACCAGUCGACGCGCUUCGCCGACCGCGUGUACGAGACGCUCACCAUCGAGUGGCGCGGCCAGCGCGGCGUGACCGUGUGCUACGUGACGCACGCGCCCUGGGUACAGUGGGUGUCCAUCGACCUCUACUACACCGUGUACUUCGUCUUCCGCGUCGUCUUCGUGCACACGGUCCCUUGCAUCUCGCUCAUCGUGCUCAACGUGCUGCUGUUCCGCGCGCUGCGCGCCGCGCAGCUCAAGCGCGAGAAGCUCUUCAAGGAGAAGCGCAACUCGGAGUGCAAGCGCAUGCUCGAUGCCAACUGCACCACGCUCAUGCUCAUCGCCGUGGUCACGGCCUUCCUGCUCGUCGAGAUACCGCUCGCCGUCGUCACCGUGCUGCACAUCAUCUCCUCCAGCAUCACCGAGAUCCUCGACUACCACAUCGCCAACGUGCUCAUUCUCUUCACCAACUUCUUCAUCAUCGCGUCGUACCCCAUCAACUUCGCCAUUUACUGCGGCAUGUCGCGCCAGUUCCGCGAGACGUUCAAAGAGCUCUUCAUCCGAGGCGCGGUCACCACCAAGCGCAACGGCAGCUCGUCCAAGUACUCGCUGGUGAACGGCCCGCGCACCUGCACCAACGAGACGGUCUUGUAGGCGGUCUUGGGGUGUUUCUCGAGGCCCCGCCGGGUAUGCUCAUUGAAACAGGAAGUCCCUUUAAGGACACGAGCUCUCAAGAGAGGGGGCACAGUCUUUCAAUCAAGAGCUUCGUUACGACUUAAAUAUUUGGCAUUGAAGCUUCCGAUUGGACCCCCUCUCUUUUCAGAUCGUGACCUAGAAAGAGCUUUCUGUUUUAAUACAAAUAUAUUCUCGCGGCAUCCUUGGGAUAUUCUUUCCUCAGAUGUUCUUCGUUUGAAUGUCUCUCCUCCAACCCUUCCACUCGAAACCAAAUCCUUAGAAUGUCGUCAAUCCUUCGAAUCUAUUAUCCUAGUUGAAGACACAUUCCCUUAAUGUUUUGAUGGAUGAUGUAACUAUUUUAUAUAUGAUUUUUUCGUCGUGUUCAGAGUGAUCAUUCAUGUGCUGGUUUGAUUUGAGGGAACGUUUUCAGGAACUGAAUUACUUUAUUCAGUGAAUCAGAGAAACAAUUUUUGUGAACUUAAAGUAUAACAUUCUUGUCAUCGAGGAAUAAAAUCAUCGAUUCGGAAUCCAACAACUAGUUUAGGAAAUAUUCACAAGGAUUCCUAUCACCUAUUUGCGUUUGAAGAUAUAGUAUUAUAUUAAUCAAACUGUUCUAUUGAGUUCCCUUUACCUUGUCGUUAAUGUGUGUAAAUGUAUUCCAAUUAUUAUCCAUAGAAAAUCGAGUAUUAUACUCACUGAUAUGUUUUAUACGUUGAACUUUGUGACUUUGUGUGUGGGGGAGCGAAAUGCGGCGAAAUGUCUCGUCGUAGGAAAUGGUGCUACCGAGUUUCUACGUGAGGGAAAAUGUUGACGAGACGACAGUGAUGUGUAUUAGGUACCGUCAAUAUGUAUAAUCGGUGUAAAUAAUCUGUAUUGAGUAUUUGUGUGGUGUAUAUAAAAUGCCGUGCGUUUAUUUUUAAAGUUAUAGUGCUCACAAAAGACAAUCGCGCAUUGUCGUCCAUUUUUGUGUCAAGUGAAACCAACACACCGUUUGCUAAUCUCAUAUUGAGGCGCGUACUCGGCAAAAAAUUGUGUUAAAUUUCCAGAAACAAUGUGUUUUAAAAUAAAUGUUGACAUUGUGAAAGUAAUAGUGGUUUGUAAAUGUGGACUUAAAUGACAACAAGAAGUUUACGAACAUUAGUGUAAAAAACAGGAAACGACACUUUUUAUUGGUCAUCGCACAAAAGAAGCAAAAAUAGAAAGAAACAUUUGAGUAUAGUUUCGAACAGAUCUAGAGUACGAUCAUCAUCAUCAGAUCUUCAGAGUGUUGGUUCAAUGCCCAUUUAAAGGCAGCACACUACUUGCAGCGUGAUUGAAGUACUACUUUUGCCGGCUUCAUUUGAUGAUGAGUCCGUAGACACACCGAUACUCAAAACAAUGACGCGCAGUUAAUUGAACAAACUGGCAUGCGCACUAUCAAUUCGAGAGCUUCGAGAGGCAUCCCCUCAGUUCACCGUGCGCCAUCUGUCAGCCUCCAGACAGCACAUGUGUUUCCAUGAGGGACGCUCCCUCGUUGCCUCGAUUCCGUUGCGCCUCUUUGCAACUCUGACUUCAACGAUGGGUGUGGUACCAGUAAACUAUUGCACUGGCUACUCCUAUGUUCUUCUUACGUACAUCGUUUACUCGUAUUGAGCGCCUUUUCGUCCUGAGAUGACUGACUCGCAAAUCCAGAUAUCCUCCCUGGAACUUGAAGACGUUUCGAGCAUUAUUCGUACAUCCUCGCUGGUCGCAGCCUCACUUCGAGAGAGGGUUUGUUUAUCCUCCUAUCAUACAGUAUAUUCCUGAUCGUGACAGGAACUCCAAGUGAACAAAGUGUUUAUAAUAAUACUGUACGUGAACACUUUUCUUUGUGGAUGGUUGACAGCUUACGCGUCACACCAAGAUGCGUUAUUAUCGUAUAAAACUGCCUCCAUCAACUAUCUUAUUCCAAUAUUCCAGCCUGGAGACAGUGUGUGACUUUGUCCAAUUCACAACGUUUUUAUUAUCCCAUAAUCCAUCCUAGUUUGUUCAAACCCUCUAUUACACUCGUUCUAAGUCGCUGCCGAUUGUACAGUUAUUAAAAACCUUCAUAUGUGUGUAAUGUGAUGUGUGAAAUUUAUUGACGAUUUUUCGAGAAGUACAUCAGUCCCAAUUCGAUUCUCAGACAGCAAAUCAACAUACGCGGUUGGUUAAAACGAAUUUCUGUCAUGGAUUUGAGAACUGAAUGGCAAAUUUCACGGUACCUAACUCCUUUCUCGCGGAGCAUUAAAACACACGACAAUCGGCAUGCGUGUCAAAGGAUAUUCAUUCAGUGAAAUGACCAAAUGUCAUUGUAUGUGGAUUCAAUACUGCGCGGCGGGGAUGCCCGAUUUUGACUUCUUCAUAGGCUUCAUUUGAACUCUGUUUUGUCAUUAGCAACGAUAUCUAAUGUCAGAGUUCGUCUUGGUGUUGUCAUCUUACGAAAACAUUUCAGACAUAAUUAAUUAUUCACAACGCACUUUCUACUUUACGCAAUUGUAAAGACUUACGUAUCCACGUUCUGAUCAUUAUCACUGUUUUCAGAAUCGAAACACGAAAUGUAUACGGAACAAUGACAAAUCAUGCUUUGUUCACUGUCAAUAUAUGUUUUUGUUGUGAAACAAAUUAUAACUUAACGAUAUUAAACGUGAUGUAUCCAUGUAACUGCUUGUACAUUCGUAUACAUUGUAUGUGGUGUAUCUGUCUUGAUCUCCCCCAAAGUGGGGGAUGCUGUUGUGACCUGAGAUAUGAGCUUCGAGGAAAUUUAGACCAUGAAAAAUUAGCCACUGAGUGUUUAGCACUGCUUCUGAGCCCCAGUACUCCUAAACUCUCAUUGACUAAACAACUAUCACUAAAGUUGUCGCAAUGGACAUUGAAUGUUUCCUAGUGAAAUCAUAAAUCUGAAAUGACGCUUACAUUUGUAUAUCAAGGAGAGAAUGUAUUGUGUACGUAUGAGAUUUUUGACUGUACAAUCAAACUGAAAUAGUUUAUCAUGUAAUACUGAUGGUACUGAUGUGAUGAAUUUAUGAAUGUAUUUUGUGAACACACCUAAAAUACCUAUUGAUUUUACCCUUAUUCUCAUCUGCACAAUGUGUAAUUAUAUUCUAAUUUCUGUGAUUCCUAGAAACAUAUUUGAUCAUACAUUUAUCAUAACUAUAUAUUUAUCUGAGUUGUAUUUUGUGUAACUGUACAGAUGUGAUGAAGAAGAAAAAAUAAAUAUAAAAAUAUUCCACUUCUUGCAUUCUGCAUUCUGUCAUCACGCCUGCAUGCUAUUUGAAACUAGAAUUUUCCGAAGUUAUGAAAGACCUCUAUCAGAAGCAAUGAGUAGCCAAUAUUUAAAUCAACAAAGGGUUGAGAUAAAUUAUUGAUUUCAAAUUUUGAUUUAAGAAUAAGAAUUAAUGCUUCAGCCAUGACUUAAUUUCUAAAACUCACUGUGCUGGAAAAUUCUAUAAUCACAUUUGCUAAACAUUUUUGAGAAAAAGAUGUCAAUAGAAAAUGUUAUCAGUUAGUUGACAAUUAAGAUUAGAAAGAAUAGUUUAUCCACUCUCUAAUUUCCUUAAUAUAUUUAAAUGUGUCAAAGCCAAGUAAUUAAUUCAAAAAAAUUCUUAAGAUCAGGUAAAGAGUAAUUCAUAAUUUCCUCCAUAACAUCACAAUGUUAUGUAGUCAUAAGUUAUAUUAAAUUGCUGCUCAGAUAUUUCUGUCUGAAUAAUAAUGUCUGAAAGAAUGUAUAUUAAUAUAUUAUCUGUUAAUACCAAACAGAAAAAUUGUUAAAAAUUCUUUCAUUUAUUUUUAAAAAAUUGAAAUAAUUAUAUUUUUAUUCUCACAUUGUUAAGUAUUUCAGAUGGAAACGGAAUUAAAAUAAAC